CUCUCUCAACCCCACUUCCUCAACACCUAUACAUUUCACUCCACUUUGCAGAAUCACUGCAUGCAAAGCUCUCUCUUUCAAACAAGAAAGACAUAAACACACUCACUUGAGAUCCUCAGCAUUCCCUUUGAUAGCGUCUGAGGUUGAGGGAGUCAGAUCCCUCUCACUUCCAGCGGUCAAUAUUCCGGCGUGUGGCGAGAGCUCCGUGCUGGCGGGCCAGCCCCUUUCACGCUUCAGCCUGGGACGGAAGACCCUGCUGGGGGCUGCCGUGGCCGUCAUGCUCCUCUUGGUACUGGUGGUCCUCAUCCCCGUUCUGGUCCAUUUGGCAGGCAGCAGUGAAAACGAAGGUCAAUACGAGAUGCUGGGCACUUGUCGGAUGGUCUGCGAUCCAUUCUUGGAAAAGACUGGCCCUACCACAGGUAUCGGUACAGGUACAGCUAUCACUAAUUCACAGCUGGAAGCAGAGGCACUAAGUGAUCACAGCAUGGGACCCCCAUUGCCAAACUAUGCCCAAGGACCACAGAGAAAACCCGGCCGGCAAGGGAAGCCAGGGCUACCGGGACCUCCUGGACCCCCGGGACCACCCGGAGAGCCAGGUCCCCCAGGACCAAUGGGGCCACCAGGGAAUAAAAAUCACACAGAACGACCAGAGCUCUUUGCUUUAGGUGGAAGAAUGUCCACUGGAAUCAGUACUGCCGUUUAUACAAUGGGUCCUCGAGUAGCGUUUUACGCCGGUCUGCGAAACCCGCAGGAGGGGUAUGAGGUUCUGAGGUUUGACGAUGUAGUAACGAACAUUGGGAAUAACUACGAUGGAUCAACUGGGAAAUUUGUGUGCAAAGUUCCCGGGACAUACUUCUUCACGUACAACGUCCUAAUGAGGGGAGGGGAUGGAACCAGCAUGUGGGCGGACCUACUGAAAAAUGGACAGGUGAGAGCCAGUUCUAUCGCCCAGGAUCAGGAUCAGAGUUAUGACUACGCCUCCAACACAGUCAUCCUACACCUGGACCCUGGAGAUGAGAUCUUCAUCAAGCUGGAUGGUGGAAAAGCACAUGGUGGAAACAGUAACAAGUACAGCACUUUCGCUGGUUUCAUUCUGUAUAGUGACUAGAGAGUCUGGGGAACAUUUUUCCUUGAGUUUAGCCUCUGGUUGUCCAUAGGUAAGAGAGACAAACAUGUCUGCACUGAUUUCACAAUGUCAAGCAACAUUGUAAAUCUCUGAUAUUUAAUAAUUUUUAGUAAGCCCUUCCCUGCUGUAAAACUUAUUUUAACUGGUAGCUGUGUUUUGCAACAUGCUAGCUGGUUAUUACGUGGUCAAAGCUGGUUAAUAUCUGGUCAAAGCUGGAUAUUUGCUUGUCCAAGCUGGUUUUUAGUUGUUCCAAGCUGGUCAUUUGAUGGUCCAAGCUGGUUUUUAGCUGGUAUAAGCUGGUCUUAAGAUGGUUCAAGCUGGUCUU